UCCAAAAUCAACAUUUGACGUUUCAUGAGGUUUGAGCGAGAGAAAUAAAAACAAAACCGUAAACUGCGAGCAGUGCUGAGUUUAUAGGAAUGAAAGACGAAUCAGAAACCAAGCCUUUACAAGUUUGAUGUGAUCACUUAUCAAGACUUCUGGUGAUCUGUUUGGCUAAAAUUUCACAUUUGUAGACUCACAUCACACUUAACAUGAACAUGAGUCAGAAGAAGACAGAAAUGGACGACCAACAAAUCAAAUACCUUUGUUUUGUUCGUGAUCACGACCAUCAAUAUUUUUCUCGACUUGAUGUGGAACAGGACAUGGACAUGUAUAAGUGUGAUGUCUGUGAUGAAAAGUUUCAGGAUUCCUGUCAGCUGGAGAUACACACUCGACGACAUACAGAAGAAAUAAAUGUGUCUGAUGUUUGCAGGCAGGUGGUAAAAUCACAGAGCCAGAUCAGGCAAAACACAAUGGACAUCAUAAAGAAAUGUUUUUAUCGUGGUGACUUAAACCUGACAGUUGCAUCACACAAACCCGCUGAAACACAUCCAAGAGAGAGAACGUACAAAUGUGGUGUUUGUGGUGAGGAAUUUAAGGAGGCAAACCACAUUCGGGAACAUCAGAAAAUCCACUGGGAUGUAAAACAAGUGAAGUCAUACCUGUGUGAUAAAUGUGGAAAGGUUUUUUUUUCAGCAGGAAUACUUAAAAUACACAUGAGGAUACAUACAGGAGAGAUGCCUUAUUGGUGUGAUAUUUGUGGGAGAAGGUUUAACCAGAAAACUAUAUUAAACAGACACAGAAUGAUACACACAGGAGAGAUGCCGCAUAAAUGUGGUUUUUGUGGGAAGAGAUUUAGGAUAAAAGAUGGCUUGCUAAAUCAUACACGGCUUCAUACAGGAGAAAAACCUUAUAAGUGUGCUACUUGUGGGAAGGCUUUCCGGGCAAAAUACCACCUGAGUAUGCACACAGAAGAACAUAUGAAAGAAAAGACAAGUAAGUGUCACAUUUGUGACAAGUUUUUUCGCACGCCGCGAUAUCUAAAAUCACACAUGGUGACACAUGGAGAGAAACCAUUCAAAUGUGGGAUAUGUGAUGUGGAAUAUUUCUAUGCUAACAGACUGAAAAUACACAUGAGAAAACAUACUGGGGAGAUGCCAUAUUCAUGUGAAUUUUGCGGAAAAAAAUUCAGUCAAAAAUUUUUCUUGAAAAGACACAGAACAAUACAUACAGGAGAGAAGCCGCACAAAUGUGAUUUUUGUGACAAAAGCUUUAGACAGAAACCUGUUCUGCAAAAUCAUGUAAGAAUACAUACAGGUGAAAAACCAUUUAAGUGCAUUAUAUGUGAGAAAGCAUUUCGGGAGACGUCUCAGCUGAGAAAGCACUCAGAAGUACAUGUGAAGGAAGCUAUAUACUCCUGUGAUGUUUGUGGUAAAAAGUGUCGUGCGAUGAAGUACCUAAAAUCACACAUGAUGACACACUCAGGAGAAAAGCCAUUUCAGUGCGGAGUGUGCAGGCUUGGAUUCAUGCAUGCUAACAAUCUGAAAGUACAUGCUAGGAAACAUUUGCAGGCAAAGUUCUACAAUUGUGAUAUUUGUGGGAAAGUAUUUAGUAAGAUGAACAGUCUGAAGAGACAUAAGAAAAGACACACACAAGAGAAACCAGUGAAAAAGUUGAUCCACAGAGAGCAAUUAGGAAAUACUGCUGUUGUGGAAGAGGAUAACAGAAUGCCUGAUGCAGGCACACCAAACAAGAUUGAUGUCAGUGAUGAUGUUAGCCAUUUAUCUGGUAGGCUAUCAAAUUGCGAAACAUGUAAAAGAGGCACAUCUAAAAAGAUUGAUGUCCGUGAUGUGGAUGUUGACCAGGUAAUUACGGGCCUUCAUGAUGAAAUCACAGCAAACAAGGUAAAUGUGAAUCGAAGGACGUCACUGACACUCAACCAUACAUCUGACCUGCAAUCAAAUAGCGGAUCUCAUCAGACUGGAAUUUCAUAUAAAUCUUGUGUCGGUGAGAUUGGUACAAAGCAAUACACGUGUUCUGUACAUACUUUCAAUAAGGAUGUGAAGGUGGUGCAGUAUGUACCACAACCCACACAAACGGAGGAAAAAUACGAAUGUGGAAUUUGUGGUCAUUUCUCCAACAGUAAUGAUUAUCAGGAACACGUGAAAAUACAUACUGGGAGUGAACUAAAUAAAUAUCAAGAGUCAUGCGAUGACAAUCUUACACGCAAAGAACCUAAUAUGUACACGUGUGAUAUAAAUGAUCGAGAUUUUAGCGCCUCUUCUCAGCAGGUGCUUACAAAACAACGUAUGGUGGAAACAGAUUUGUCUGAUGUUUACAACCAAUCACCCACAUUACUGAAACAUAUCAGGCGUGACACAAGGGAAAUAACUCACACCUAUCACAAAGAUUCAAAUCAGGCAGGUGAUGUACCAAUAUUGAUUCUGUCAAGGGAGAGAACUUACAAGUGUGACGUGUGUGGUGUGGAGUUAAAGGAUGUAAGUGACAUACAGGAACAUCAAAGACUACACUGGGAUGAGAAAGCCUUCCUUUGUGAUAGAUGUGGGAAUGGGUGUUGUUCGGAACAAGCCCUUAAACUACAUGUAGGAUUUCAUGCCAAUGAGAUGUUGUAUUCGUGUGAUUUUUGUGGUAAAACCUUUAGCCAACAAACUAUCUUCAAAACGCAUGUUUCGAUACAUACAGGGGAGAGAGCACAUGAGUGUGAUUCUUGUAGUAAGAGGUUUAAGCGUGCUUGUGACCUAGUUAAGCAUAAAAGAAUACACACAGGUGUGAAACCAUACACAUGUACAAAGUGUGGAAAGACAUUUCGCGAGGCGUCCCAUGUGAGUGCACACAAAAAAGUACACCUCAGGGAAAAAGCAAAUAUUUGUAAGGUUUGUGGCAAGACAUUUCGCAUGGCAAAAUCCUUGAAAUCACACAUGGUGAUUCAUACAGGGAAAAAGCCAUUCAACUGUGGGGUUUGUGGCGUUGGCUUCAUGUAUAUUAAAUACCUGAAGUUACACAUGAGGAAACAUACAGGGGAAAAACCAUACAGCUGUGAUAUUUGUAGUAAGGCAUUUAGUCAGAGUCAUAAUCUGAGGAGGCAUGUUAGAUUAAUACACACACGAGAGAAAACAGUUAAAAAGUUGAUUUACGAUGAGAAAUUAAGAAAUUCUGAUGUUGUGAAAAAGUUAGAGUCAUCUUCUCAAGAGAUGUAAGAAAA